GAGGGCUCAUGCCCAGUCGCCCGGGGGCGUGCCGCCACGUCGUGCCGGCCCGCCAUGCGGCGGAGUCCAGCGAGGCUGUGUCGCUGGCGGCCGUGGAGGCAGCUCGGGCGGUGCGAGCUGCGGGCGAGCACACGAGGUCCUCCGCGUGGCCGCGGGCGCUGGCACGGCUUGCGGGGGCGGCGCCGAGCGUCUUCGCGUUCUGCGCGGCGGCGGGGGCGUGGUCGCGGGGCAGGCACUGGGCACGGGCCCUGCACGUGCUGAAGGAGUUGCCCUUGGCAGCCGUGCAGCCGAACACGGUACUGUACAGCGUGGUGAUCAGCGCAUGCUCGCAGGGACAGCGGUGGUUUCUGGCGAUGAGGGUCUUCAGGGACAUGCCCGCGCGAUCGGUCGAACCAGACGUCCUCGCGUUUAACGCGUCCAUCGCCAGCUGCGAGCGCGGCAGCCACCUCGCCGCCGCAACGGCGCUCUUCUCGGAGCUGGUGCACAGCGGCCUUCGCCCGACGACCGCCACCCUGAACACGCUGAUCUCGGCACACGGCAGGGCGCGGCGAUGGGCGGACGCGGUGUCCCUGCUUGCGGGGAUGCGCGGCUGGGAGCUCCUCCCCGACGCGAUCACCUUCAACACGUCCAUCGGUGCCUGCGAGAAGGGCCACGAGUGGAAGGCCGCGUUGUGGCUGCUCGCCACCGCCCGCGCCGCGGGCGUCCAGCCUGGCGCCGCCGGGUACGGCGCCGCGGCGGGCGCCUGCGAGGGGAGCCACCGUUGGCCCCAGGCCCUCCACCUGCUCGAGGAGAUGCAGUCGCACCAGGCGCCAUUGGACGCCGCGGCCCACAGCAGCCUCGCCAGCGCCUGCGGCCGGGCGCGGCAGUGGGCCGCUGCGCUGGGCGUGCUAGGGCGGAUGCGGGCCUCGGCGAUCUUCGCGGACGAGGUCGUGUUCAGCGCCCUCAUCGGGAGCUGCGCCGCCAGCCAGCAGUGGGCUCCGGCGCUGGGGCUGCUCGCCGAGAUGGAGCGGCGCGGCAUGCCGCCGAACGUCCUGCUGCGAUGUGCGGCGAUCGGCGCCUGCGAGAAAGGCUGGCGGUGGGAGUCCGCCCUGCGCCUGCUGCGCGGUGGCGGCUCCGCGCCGAAGCCAGACGCCGUCGCCUUCGCCGCGGCGGCGGUGGCCUGCAGGCGCAGCCAGUGCUGGGAGCAGGCGGUGGCGCUGCUCGCCCGCAUGGACGCCGACGGGGUGCCCCCGAACCUUGUCGCGCGCGCGGCCGCCGCGGCCGCCUGCGAGAGGUCGGGCAGCCCCGCCGCGGCUUGGCGGCUGCGGCUCGCGCUGCGGGAGUGCGCGCGGCGGCACCUGGCCGCCGGCGCGGUGGUCACGGGCGGCUCGG